AUGGAUCCCUUCUUUUGGCCAUCAGAAGCUAACAGGUUUCGACGAUUCACCCCCGAGUCCUUGGCAGCAAUUGAGGAAAGGAUUGCCAACAAAAAAAAGGAGCAAGUCAAAGUUAAAGAGAAGACUAAGGAACAAGGAGUUGAAGAAGAUAAAAUUACUCCUCAGCUUGACCUUAAAAUCUGCAAAACGUUGCCAUCUCUGUAUGGGGACAUUCCUGCAGAGCUGGUUGGGGAACCCCUGGAGGAUUUUGAUCCAUACUACAGUGAUCACAAGACUUUUAUGGUGGUAAAUAAAAGGAGGACUAUUUUCCGGUUUUCUGCCACACCUGCCUUGUUUAUAUUUGGUCCUUUUAAUCCAGUCAGAAAAAAGGCAAUUAAAAUUCUGAUCCAUUCAGUUUUUCUUGGCAUUAUUACAUGUACUGUGUUACUCAAUUGUAUGGCUAUGACUAUCCCUCACCUUACCUUAGAAGCCUCCUGGAUUGAACAUGUUUUCACUGCUGUCUAUACUACUGAAAUAUUGAUUAAAGUAGUAGCAAGAGGAUUUGUUUGGAAUGAAUUUACUUUUCUUCGAGAUCCAUGGAACUGCUUGGAUUUUUCUAUUAUUAUUGUAAUGUACAUUACUGCAUUUCAUAGUGUUGGCAAUGUUUCAGUUCUUCGAACUUUCAGAGUACUGAGGACUUUGAAAGCUAUUUCAGUAAUACCAGGUCUGAAAGUCAUUGUAAAUUCACUUGUUGAGUCUGUUAAGAAGCUCUUGGAUGUGCUGAUCCUGACUGUAUUUUGCUUGAGUAUAUUUGCACUAAUAGGCCUUCAGCUCUUUAUGGGCAAUUUAAAAUCCAAAUGUGUCCUCGAUAAAGAUCGGUUCAAUGACACAUUCUGUAAGGAUCCCAAGAUAUAUGUACCAAAUGAUGAAGGUAAAUAUUCUUCUUUUCUCCCUUUACAUAAUCUAAGUAAUUGUCCAGAAAACUACACCUGUGAGAAGCUUGGGAAGAAUCCUGAUUUUGGUUAUACAAGUUUUGACCACUUUGGCUGGGCUUUCCUCUCUGUGUUCCGCCUGAUGACCCAGGACUUCUGGGAGCGCCUCUACAGACAAACCAUCCGUACCUCUGGAGUGUCCUGCAUCUUUUUUUUUAUGGCAGUCAUCUUCUUCUGCUCAUUUUAUCUCUUCAAUCUGAUCUUGGCUGUGGUAACUAUGGCGUAUGAAGAGGAAAACAGAGCAACUCGUGCUGAAACAGAGGCAAAGGAAAAAAUGCUUCAGGAUGCCAGACAAAUUAUAGAGAAGGAACAGAUGUUGGCUGUGGAAGAAAGCAGUAAGGCCUUGCAUGCUGCAUCUGAAAUGUCAGUUGCUGACUUGAAAAAUUCAGAAGGAAAAGAGAGUAAUAAACAAACACCUACUUCAAGGCAAAACUUAAUUCCAGAUGACCAGGAAAAUGAGGAGCAAAUAUUUCGUUCACAGCCUGAUCGCUGCCACAAGAAGCUUAGGCAGAUCCUGCUGGACUAUGAGGUCUCAAUGGAUGCUAUCAAUGACCCUGUCCGAAGGCAGAGGUUAAUGAGUGCAGCCACAAUUCUUACAGAUAAUUCAAAGUCAAAACUGAACUGUCCUACAUUUUGGAAAAAUUUUCCUCAAAACUAUCUAAUUUGGAAUUGUUGUCCAUUCUGGAGAGCAGUCAAAGAGAGGAUGAAAUUGGUAAUUUUGAAUCCAUUUGUUGAUCUCUUAAUCAUGGUUUGCAUUAUCUUGAAUACCUUGUUCCUCGCUAUGGAGUACCCCACCAUGGAUAAAGAAUACCAAAAAAUGAUUUCUCUCAGUGACCAGAUCUUCACCCUGAUUUUUACUGUAGAAAUGAUCUUGAAAAUCAUUGCUCUAGAUCCUUACUACUAUUUCCAGGAAAAGUGGAAUGUUUUUGAUAGCUUGGUUGUUUUGAUUGGCCUAGCAAGCUUUGGAACAAAUCUGUCACCUUUCAGGCUGCUCAGGAUCUUCAAAUUGGCAAAGUCUUGGCCAGCCUUAAACACUCUCAUGAAAAUAAUUCUACACUCAUUUGGUGCCCUGAGUAACCUCACUCUGGUUUUGGCAAUCACUAUAUUUAUUUUUGCUGUAGUAGGAAUGCAGAUUUUGAGCAGUGAUUAUAGUGGAAAUGCCUGUAGCAUCAGCUCCAGUGGCAAAUUACGCUGGCAUAUGAUAGAUUUUAGUCAUUCAAUCCUCAUUAUAUUCCGAAUAUUAUGUGGAGAAUGGAUUGAAACUAUGUGGGAAUGCAUGGAAGUGGCUGGAAAAAGGAAAUGUCUCACCAUUUUCUUGCUUGUCCUGGUACUAGGAAACCUGGUGGUGCUCAACCUGUUCAUUGCUUUGCUGCUGAGUUCAUUCAACAUUGAUGGUCCAGAGGGACAAGAGGAGCCUGGAGAAGGGACUAAAUACCAGAUUGCCAUUGCACAGAUUCACAAGAGCCUGAAGGCUGUGAAAGACAGAAUUUGGGAUCACUGCUGCAAAAGAAUGAGGGGAAGCCUCAGAAAAGCAGACAAAAAGAAGACUUUGGCAGAAGUUUCUGGGAAGGGCAUAGAGGUUACUAAUUAUGCCAUGACAGAUGUCAGAAAAUACAUAGACAACGGCUCCUUUGAUAUAGAGUGUGGCCAUGUGGAAGAGAGUUCCUCUAAAGCAAGGAAAUAUGAAGAAAUUUUGACCAGCCCCAGUACCUGUGUUCCCAUUACAACAGCAGAGGCUUACCCCAAGGAGGGUGAUGGUGGGCACAUUUUGCACACAGCUGUAGAAUACAGGAAACAGAAAUAUCAUUCUGUUCGUAGCUUUUCUGAAGCCAGCACUGUGGAUCCAGUGGUUCUUCUGGAGAUGUUUUCCCAGACUAAAAACUCCCAGCUGCCUAAGGACUGCUUUGUAGAGAGUUGUGUUGAGUGUUUCCCAUGUUGUGUAGUGGAUACCACCAAGUUUCCAGGCAGAACUUGGUGGAACUUUAGAAAAACCUGCUACAGAAUCGUGAACCAUAGUGGAUUUGAAUAUUUUAUGGUUUUUAUGAUUGUAUUGAGCAGUGCAGCAUUGGCAUUUGAAGAUGUUUAUCUGCAGAAGAGGGAAAAAGUGAAAAUCAUUCUAGAUUAUGCUGAUAUCAUAUUUACCUACACCUUUUUUACGGAGAUGCUUCUGAAGUGGGUAGCUUUUGGUCUGCACAGUUAUUUCACAAAUUCUUGGUGUUUGCUUGACUUCAUCAUUGUGUGUGUAAGUAUUAUAUAUAUUUAUAUUAACUUUAAAUGUUGUUCCUCUGGGACCAGCCUGAAAUCUCUCAGGACUUUCAGAGCACUGCGGCCUCUACGAGCUUUGUCAAGAUUUGAAGGGAUAAAGGUUGUUGUGAAUGCACUCUUUGGAGCCAUCCCCUCCAUCUUCAACGUUCUGCUCGUCUGCAUUGUCUUUUGGCUCCUCUUUAAUGUUCUAGGAGUCAAAUGGCUUGGAAGCAGAUUUUGGAAAUGCACACACAAACAAGAAAGCACUGAUCACAUUCUUGGCAGAAACGAUUGUCUUUCCUUCAAUGGGACAUGGACAAAUAAUGUUGUAAAUUUUGACAAUGUUGGCAUGGGUUACUUGGCUCUUCUCCAAGUGGCAACUUUUAAAGGCUGGAUGGAUAUUAUGUAUGCAGCAGUGGAUUCACGUGAGAUUGAUCAACAGCCACAGUUUGAAGCACGCUUACGCAUGUAUUCAUUCUUUGUGGUUUUCAUUAUUUUUGGAUCUUUCUUCAUGCUGAACCUUUUCAUUGGGGUGGUUAUCAGCAAUUUUAACCAGCAAAGGAAAAAGAUAAGUGGGAAAGAUCUAUUUUUGACUGAGGAACAGAAAAAGUACUAUAAUGCUCUAAAAAAACUUGGAUCCAAGAAACCCCAAAAACCCAUCCCAAGACCAUCGAAUGCAUUCCUAGGAUUGCUGUUUGACAUCGUAAAUCACAAAGCUUUUGACAUCACCAUUGUGAUUUUCAUCUGUCUCAAUAUGAUUGUUAUGAUGGCAGAAAACAACGACCAAGACACCAAGGAUGUCCUUAAUAAAAUCAACUAUUUUUUUGUGGCUGUAUUCACUGCAGAAUGUGUCUUAAAAAUACUGGCCUUAAGGCACUACUUCUUUGCGAGUGGCUGGAACGUGUUUGAUUUCAGUGUUGUGAUCCUUUCAAUAGUGAGUCUUGGAGUUUCUGAAGUGUUUCGAUCUUUUUUCUCCCCUACGGUUUUGAGAACUCUUCGUUUGGCGCGGGUCGGCCGAAUCCUGAGAAUAGUUCGCAAAGCCAAAGGGAUUCGAACUCUUCUUUUUGCACUGCUGAUGUCUCUUCCUGCCCUGGUCAACAUUGGCCUUUUGCUUUUCCUGAUUAUGUUCAUUUAUGCCAUCGUGGGCAUGGCAAACUUUGCCUGUCUCCCCGAGGAGGAUGGGAUUGAUGACAUCUUCAACUUCAAAACAUUUUGUGGUAGCAUUCUCUGCCUUUUCCAAAUUACCACAUCGGCUGGCUGGGAUGGUCUUCUGGCCCCUGUGCUGAAGGAAUCUGAUAAAUGUGCUCUCCAAUUAAAUGUUACAGGGACAGAGAAAAAUAAUUGUGUAAAUAAGGGCUUUGGUAUUUUAUAUUUUGUAAGCUAUGUCAUUAUAUCGUUCCUCAUUGUUGUAAAUAUGUACAUAGCUGUCAUUUUAGAGAACUUCAGUGUUGCCACUGAGGAGAGCACGGAUCCUCUUUGUGAGGAUGACUUCGAUAUGUUUUAUGAGACAUGGGCAAAGUUUGACCCUCUGGCGACACAGUAUAUAGAUUAUUCUGCCCUCUCAGACUUUGCAGAUGCUCUGGCAGACCCCUUGCGCAUCCCAAAGCCCAACAAAAUCCAGCUCAUAGCCAUGGACAUCCCUAUAGUUAGUGGAGAUAAGAUCCACUGCUUGGAUAUCUUGCUGGCUUUCACUAAAAGGGUCUUGGGAGAAGCUGGAGACCUGGAGAGUCUUGAAUUAAACAUGGAAGAAAAGAUUGCGGCUGGCAAUCCAGCUAAAAGUUGUUACAGCCCAAUUUCUUCUACCCUUAAAAGAAAACAAGAGGAAGUGUCAGCUCUUGUUAUUCAAAAGGCCUUCAGGAGGUAUUUGAAACAACGUUCUCUUGAAAAUAUGUCCUUAUACCAUUGCAAACAUAACAGUGCUGUCUUUGGACGAGAAAUACAGGACAAGCAGAGUCUCCUUGAAUCACUGCUUAAUGAAAAUCAUGGUAGGAAGGCAGAUAAAUUACGUCCUGCUUCUUCCAUAUCCCUCCCUUUAUUUUAUGAUGGCUUUGCUGAGACAGACAGCAAUAAGCUUGACACAUGA